AUGCCGUUCAUCCAGUGGAGCCCCAUCUGCCUCCCCCUGCUUCUGCUGCUCCUCGCGGCGGGCUCGCUGGACACUCGAUGGGCGACCAUCCGCACUGCCACUCUUGCGGACGCCAAGACGGUGGUGGUGGGGCGGAGUCGCUCCGGCUGGGAUGCGAAAGUGCGCACGUGGCAGCCCCCCAUGUGUGCUCUCUUCCCCACCCCCCUCAACCCCCCUCCACCCCUCUCCACCCCUCUCCCAGGACGCCAAGACGGUGGUGGUGGGGUGGAGUCGCUCCCGUUGGAGUACGAAGGUGCUCACGUGGCAGCCCUCCCUUGUUCGCAGCGGCGACAUUGUCGUGUUCCAGUGGAACUACUCGGGGUCGCUGCAGCGCCGGGUUGUCUUGUGAGUCGUCUCAAAAGGUUCCCUCCCUCUCUUUCCCCAACCCAGUGUUCCAGUGGAACUACUCGGGAUCGCUGCAGCGCCGGGUUGUCUUUUGAGUCGUCUCAAAAGGUUCCCUCCCUCUCUUUCCCCAACCCAGUGUUCCAGUGGAACUACUCGGGGUCGCUGCAGCGCCGGGUUGUCUUUUGA